AUGGCGCCCCCACCAAAGAAAAAUGAUGCCAUCAUCAUCGUUGGCGCAGGCAUCUUCGGACUAAGCACCGCGGUGCACCUCUCCCGCCGCGGCUACACAAACGUGACAGUCUUUGAUAAACAGCCAUACCACAAGUCACUGUACUCAUAUUUCAACGGCCGUUCAGAUAUGAACAAAAUCAUCCGCUCAGCAUACGGAUCUCAAACAGAGUACCAAGGCCUUACAAUUGAAGCUCUUGAGGGCUGGAACGCGUGGAACGAAGAGUUAGUCACGGGAAAGACUCUCCCACCCGGCCUCAAAACCACAGACCGAGUGUUCGUCAACAAUGGCAACCUCUCCGCUUCAGACUCGGCAUCUCUGCCUCAAUUCGAGCAAGACACCGUCGACAACAUGGAAGCAGCAGGUCACAAGAACACCCAACUCAUCACAAUCUCCCCCGCCCACCAAAAGAUCGCCGAAGAAAAGGGCUUCGCCUUCGGCAUGGACCCCUUCCGCCGCCUCAAACGUGGCAUGAAGGCAGCCGGCGUCCUCGACACCACCGGAGGCAUGGCCGUAGCCGACAAAGCCUGCCGCUUCGCCCUCCACAAGGCCGCCUCUCAGGGCGUCAACCUCAUCCUCGACCCUGAAGCCGGCGCGCUGGAGUCUCUCGUCUAUGCGGACAACAAGGUCGCAGGCAUCAAGACCCGCGACGGCAAGACGCACGCCGCAAAGCUAACCAUCCUCGCCUGCGGCGGCUGGACCCCGUCCCUGCUGCCCUCCAUGGACGGCCUCUGCGAGACCACAGCCGGCUCCGUCGUGCUCCUCAAGAUCCCCCGCGAGUCGCCCCUCUUCGACCGCUUCGCGCCCGAGAACUUCCCCACCUUCACCUACAAGAUCCGCGACGGCGCCGAGGGCGGGCUGUACGGCUUCCCGCGCGACGAGAACGGCUGGCUCAAGAUCGGGUACCGCGGGACAAAGUACACCAACCCUGUUGUCCAGGGCGACGGCAAAGAGCGCAGCGUGCCUGUCACGCGGUGGUCAUCUGUCGCGGGUAGUGGCGACGAGCGGAUCAAGACGGUACCACAACAGGCUCUCAAGGUCAUCCGAGCCUUUCUGGCGGAAAACCUUCCGGAGCUGGGCGAGGCGGGUAUCGAUAUUUCGUUCUCGAGGAUCUGCUGGUACACGGAUAGCUACGACAACCACUUUGUCAUCGACCACGUGCCCGGCACGGACGAGUCACUGAUGGUGGCAACGGGCGGCAGCGGACACGCUUUCAAGUACCUUCCUAACAUUGGCAACUGGGUGGUGGACGCGGUCGAGGGGAAGGGACAGGACCAGAUUCCGCCCAAACUGUGGAAGUGGAGGCAAAUCAAGGCCGAUGAAAAGCCAUACAAUGUCUUGAUGGAGGGUAGCAAGGGCGAAAGGGCUCUGGGUAAUGUCCCGCUGGCCGCCGAGGUUGAGGUUGGCGGUGGUGUCAAGUCAAAGCUUUAA